ACCGACAAGCAGGGAGGGAGGCAGAAACGGAAGGAAGAUCAAUAUCAACAACCUGAGUUUAAAACUCAAGUUGAACUUCGCCGCAGUUGUAGCGGAUAAGCCUUUUGAAGUUAUUAUUGUAACUUCUUACGCCUUAAUACUAUCCGGUGCAUUAUGGGGGAGUUUCAUCCCGCGCGCUGUGGCAGCGGUUUAGCUCUGAGAUCAAACUCAGUGGCUAGUUUGGAGAUAAGUUAGCUCACUUUCUGUCAGCUGACUGGCUUGGACUCACUUUGGCCCCCUCGGGCAGCAAACUCUUGUCUAAUAUGCUCAGACAUAUUCGCUUAGUUUGAACACCACCGUUGGCUUAACCGGAGUUUGUGCUCGCUGCUGUUGACGCGUCCUGGUGCAGUCCGCUUUGCAAUGCUCCUGCAGCUGCUGCCACCAGUCAUCUAGCUGGCUCCUGUCCCCCUCUCCUCUACCCCCUCCCUUAAUGGCUCACUGCGGCGCCUCCGAGCCCAGCGCAAAGGUGCAGGCACCGCACCCGGACGGCAUCCCGCCCCCGCAGGGCGGCGUAGACCAGAGCAUGAAGCCGGUGCUGUUUGAGAUCUUCGGCGAGAUUUGGACCGUGCAGUCGCGUCUCGGCCAGGGAGUCUCGGCCUCCGUGUACCGGGUCAGUUCGGGCAGAGCCACCACUGCAGCUGUGAAGGAGUUUCAAGCCGACACUCAGGGAGGAGAUUACGGGUAUCACAAGGAGAGGUCCGUGCUGGAAGACAUCCAAGGACAUAAAAACAUCGUCACACUGUACGGUGUGUUCACCAACCACAGCUGUAUGGGCAUCACCACCCGUUGUCUUUUGCUGGAGCUCUUGGAUGUCAGCGUGUCUGAGCUGCUGGUGAGACGCAGUAGUGGUACCCAGGGUGGUAGACCCCAGCAGGGCCACUCCAUGUGGCUCGUCCAGCACUGUGCCAGAGACAUCCUCGAGGCUCUCGCCUUCCUGCACAGGGAAGGCUACGUCCAUGCAGACCUCAAACCGCGCAACAUCCUCUGGAGCGCCGACGACGAGUGCUUCAAGCUCAUCGACUUUGGCCUCAGCUUCAAACAGGGAAACCAGGAUGUGAAGUACAUCCAGACAGACGGGUACCGCGCUCCAGAGGCGGAGCUUCAGAACAGCCUGGCCCAGGCCGGGGUGGAAGUGGAGGGCGACUCGGGCUGCACGGCCGCCGUCGACCUGUGGAGCCUGGGCAUCGUCCUGCUGGAGAUGUUCUCAGGAAUCAAACUCAAAGACACCGUCCGCUCGCAGGAGUGGAAGGAUAACAGCGCUGCCAUUGUAGACCAUAUCUUUGCCAGCAACAACCUGGCAUGCCCUGCCAUCCCUGUCUAUCACCUCAGAGACCUUAUCAAAAGCAUGCUCGUCACUGAUCCAAAGCAACGAUGCACAGCUCAAACUGCCCUGCUGAGCCCGUUCUUCAGUAUUCCCUUUGCACCUCACAUUGAGGACCUGGUUCUUCUGCCCUCUCCUGUUCUGCGUCUGUUGAACCUCAUCGAUGACAGCCACCUGCACAACGAGGAUGAAUAUGAAGAUAUCCUGGAGGACAUGAAAGAGGAGUGCCAGAAGUACGGCUCCGUGGUGUCUCUGCUCAUCCCCAAGGAGAAUCCAGGGAAAGGGCAGGUCUUUGUGGAGUAUGCAAACUCCAGCGACUGCAAAGAGGCUCAGAGGCUGCUGACCGGCCGCACCUUCGAUGGCAAGUUUGUCGUGGCGACCUUCUACCCUCUGAGCGCCUAUAAAAGAGGUUACCUGUAUCAGACUGUCCAGUGAAGUCCUGAAUCCUCCAUUUACACCUUGGCGUAGUUUGCAUGUUAAAAACACAACAGCAAAGGGCGCCACGGGGAGGAAACAUACCUGCAGUCAUGAGUAGCUGCCCUGCAGUUCAGAUGUGAGUGAGUGUAGUUAAAAGUUCUGCAUGCAGUUUUCUACAGUACCUCCGUGUUUCAUGCAGACUGAGCUGUGAAGAGCACCCGCCUUCAGUCUGUGUGCUGCUUUUAUCAUCCAGUGCUUCGAAGUAAACCGAGUCUAUCAUUAAAUAUGUCAGCCAGAGGCCGGCGCUCCGAGGACCGCGGUGCCUGUUCGAGCUUCCACGUCGCUCUCACUCACUCGUAAAACCUCCCGUUAGGGUCGCAAGAUCAAAAGAUACAAUUCUGCACUGUGUUCUGAAAAGUUUUAAAGGGCAUCUCACUAAAUAUUUAUUAGAGAGGCUUUAUUUCAUCAGCUUUUUAAUGGAUGCUGUUAAAUACAUGUAGCAGGUGUUGGUAGUAGUUUAAGGGGAGUUUAAACUCCCUGUAGAUCACAGCCCUGUGAGCAGGUUACUGUGCUGAAAGCAGUUUAUUAAUAUUGCCUAUUUAUAUAUAUUUUUUAGGUUAAACAUCUUAGAGGAAAUGACAUGGUACCAGGGGAUGUCCAGCUGUCCUCUGCUUUCUACUCUGCCUGUUUUCAGGGACAUAAUUGUUUUUCUGAUGCCUCCACUAGCUGCUAGUUUCCAUUCACUAACUCACUGCCAUUAUCUGAGCAAGCCGAGGGGUCCCUGCACCCUGUCCUGUAGCCUUAUGCUUUGUAGCCUUUCAUUUAAAAGUCAGUUUGAUCUGAGAAUAUUUUAAUUAUGGGUGUAACUCACUGCGCUGCCCUUCACCAACACAUGCAGCGUCAUUUUUCAACACACAAGCAAGUAAAACAAAAAGAGCUCGUAGGUAAAUAAGUCUGUGAACACAGAUGCUUCCAACAAGGUGAAAGUGUUCUAACUUAAUCCAGUUUGUGUCCAGUUUACCUCGUAGUUGUAACAUAGUUUGAAUUAUAGUCCAGAGCCAAAGCAUCAAGCAGAUAUUAGAUGUGGAGAUGACCCUGAACAAGUAGCCACAGCUGGAGGAUGCUCGUAGCCUCUUUCAUGGUGGACCAUCUUUCUCCAAGUUGGUACAGUCUGUGUUCUUGUGUGCGUUCUUAAAUCUUGCACAUUGUGGCUCUAAAGGCUCUGCAGCACCGAUGCAAGCUGAAGGCUACUGCUAACUACAUGACGUUUCAUGUGAGACAAGCUUCCAGUGUUUUGGUGCAUGAUCCAGCAGAUUGAUGGUACACCGCCAGCCCGGCGUCGUGGCACCGUCAUCCUGCUGGAGCCCCUUUCAUUCUUCUGCCAGCUUGUUGAAAUGCUGCUGUUUGCAUGAUGAGAUUAAAAAAAAAUGUAGCCUUGAGGUGAAGAUUUCCUGGAGCUGCAAAGUUAGUAUUUUUGGGGCUUUAUUUAGCAGCAGGUUUGGUGUUUCUGCAGUGGAGUGUACUUUUUAUUGUGGAAUCAGCAGUUUUUGUUUACUUGGUUUCUCAGUUCAGUUUUGUUUUAUUGGGUUUAUCGUAAACAACAAGCCCUCGUUGAAACAUCAGUUCUACACAAGUGCCCGAUGCUCGCUAACUAACCCCAGUGCUGCUACAGCUGCAUGUGCUCAUAGCUGAAGCCAUUGCAGGUGCCUUAUGAAAUAACCCCCUCCCAGCAGCUGCAGCGUCCACAGGAACCAAAGUGGGCCGCUACAAACCGUAACAUGAGCAAAGAUUUUCUUCUUUCUUCACUGCUAAUUUUUCAGUGAUUGCUUAUUAAUCAAAAGCUACGAGCUGCAGUGACAGUGCAGGUAAAUCACUACAGGAAGUACAUAUAGCCGAGCAGCGAGAAGUUCCCCUUCGUAUUCUCCAGGUGGAAUUUGAUCACGAGCCAUAAUUAUUUAUGCUGCGACGCUGAAGAAAGCACAGGAAAUAUCAAACUUAUUUGUUCACAGUGUCAGAGGACAGAACUACUCUACCCACAAUCCUCCAUUCUCUGUGAAACAGAAAAGUCUGACGUUGUUACAGUGGAAAUGUUUAAACCCACAAAUAUCUGAGCACGAAGUUUAAGAAAUCGAGAGAGCGGACACACACAGACACACACGCGCACACACACCCAACACUAUGAGGAUGAAGAGGGUCAAAGUUGAGGAGGUUAAAGGAAUCUGGGAUUUGCGGUGCGUUAUGAGACGAGUACUUCCUUCCAUGUUAGGAAUAACUGCACAUUAUUGCCCCUUUUUUUCUUUUUCCUUUAUUUUUUGAUCCAAAUGAAAUCUUUUGGUCACGAUUGUCUCAUAGCUGGUUGACUUGGUUCAAGGCUUCAAACUAUAUGAAGCUUUUCUGAAGCGUCAGUGGAGAAAAUGAGUGAGAAAUUCCCUUUGGGAGCUUUAUUGUUUUAAUACUACAUAAACUUGUAUUAGCUCACUGAUGAGCUGCUGAUCAGAGCCAAGUGAGUAUGUUAAACUGAACAAAGUCACCAGUAAAAAGAAGAAGGUUUCCUCCUGUAACGCUACGCAGUUAAAGAUUUCCCUGAUGUUUUGUGAGAGGCAGCCAAGCAGAAGAAAGUUGGCUUAAAGGGAAAGAAUCUAAAAUGACUUGUUUCACACAGGAACUGAAGAGUUACAGCAGAGGUCAAAGGUCAAAGGGGUUACUCUGGACUGCGAAACAUGCAAAGCCAACACAAUAGAGACCAAGAGUAGAUGUAUGGGGCUGGAGAUGGGUGUAAUAGGUCUUCUUUAAAGACACUGAUGUGCUUUGUGUAUGUGAUACUGCAGUGGGAUCCUUGGAAAGGUCUACUGACGGACUUUUCUACAAACUUUAUUCAAAUGUGCCUGAAAUGUGAAUUCCAAAGUUUCCACUUGGAAACGUCAGUGCCCUGAAAUCCUGAUUUUAAAACUCGAGUCCUUCCGACCACUUUACAGUCCAGAAGGUUGUAGGUCUCAGAAAACACACAACACAUCCAGUUAAUUACACAAGAAAGUGUCUCCAGGAGAGUUUGGACAUUGUGAAGUGAACUCUGUGUGUGUGUGUGUGGGGGGGGGGGGUCAUUCUCAGCCUCUUUCAAACUCCCGUCUACAACAAGUAAUAAAACCGAAGCACAGAGACAAAGUUAAGAGAUGGUUGAACUAAACUGGCUCUUAAGCCUUUAACAUGACCUCCAUCUGAACCCACACUGCCAUCAUUGAAGCACUGAAACACGAGUAUGAUUUUUUUUUUUCUGGUGGUACUUGAGGAGUUAUCAGCUGGUUUUUAUUGUUAGUAGUUUAUAUUGAAAAGGGCAAAGCAGGUCUGUCUGUGGCUACAUCUUAAAAAUGAUGAUGUGACUGCUCUGCUUUUAUAAAUGAAUGAAAGUGAUUAUUGAUUUUUAUGUAGUGUUUGACAGCGUUUGUUACCUGUAGCUCUGAAGCCAGUGCUGCUCUUUAUUUCACUACAAGUCUAAGAAAAAGUGCUGCCUCAGAGCUGUGAGAGAGCCGUGGGUAAAAAAACCCGUUGGCAGUUUUAAAUGUGAGAGUGGAAUAUUUAUUCAGCUGCUGUGAGCUUUACCAUGUGCAGAAACAUGUUCUGAGUUUGUUUAGGGGUUUGGGUAAACCUGCGGCGUGGAGUGCUGUCGCCCCCGUCUGGUGGUGGAAGUAAUCACAUCAACACUGUUGGCACAUGCCGACCACGAUUAAUUUUAGACACCAGAUUUCAAAAACUCUUCUUGGAAGUUUCCUAAGUGUUUCCCACCAUAUUCCCGGCUGCUUCCCUCUUCAGCUGUUGGAGCUUGAUUUGGCACAGAUUUUAUGCUGGAUGUUCUUCCUGAUGCACCUGUCCCCAUUUAUCCAGGCUUGGGACCAGUACUAGGAGUACACUGGCUUGUGGCCCCCAUGGCUGGGGUAAAAUGCCUUUAACUCUGUUUAUACAACAUCUCAUUAAACUGGUAUUAAUGGCUACACCUACUUUCUUUUAUCCAUGAAGCCAGUUUCACCUAACUUGAACAGUAGAUGGAGUGGGGCUGCACCGGUCUGUCGUGGUAAAGCUGUCGAUUUAGUUGAGGUGGUUCGUGAAUCUGACUAGGACGCCUCCUGGGCACGAUGUUCCGGGCCUGUCCUACAGGGAGGAAGGCCCGGGGCAGACCCAGGACACGCUGGAGAGAUUAUAUCUCUUGGAUGGCCUGGGAACGCCUCGGUGUCCCCAUAGAUGAGCUGGAGGAGGUGGCAGCUGGGGAGAGGGAGGUCUGGGCUCCUCUGCUUAGGCUGCUGCCCCCGCGACCCAGCCCCAGAUAAUCCAUCCAUCUGUUUUCUUCCACUUAUUGAUGGAUGGGUGGGUGGAUGCACAGUUUCACCUAAAGUGAACAUUAGUCAACCAUCAGCAUCAUUUAGCAGGUGUGCACACCAAACACACCCAGCUUAGAGCGCCAUGUGAUGCAGAAUAUCAGUGUUGUGAGUUCCUAUCUUGGGGUAGUGUUAUUUUUUUUUUUUAUUUCAAAAUUGUGUUUGUUUGGUCAAAGCAGAAAAGACACUCAACGCCUCAUCGUGCUGCUGGCCUCACUGAACAAACACAUGCUGUCCUGUUAAGUUCUCUUCUUUCUGAUAGUGACCCAGUGAUAGUUGUGUGGCUACAUAUGGAAACACUGCAAAAUGUGAGCAAUACAGAACGUCCAUUAUAGCCCUGUUUGCUUCCUCUGUGGCUGUUUCCCUCUAUAUGAACCUUAAAUCUGGUGUUUUGAAACUCUCAGUUAAGAUUGUAGAAGCUUUCUGCCUGACUGCUCGUUUCAGCACUGAUUCAAACUAGUGUACGUGCAAAUACAUCAGUGCUUGAUGUAUUUGUGACAGCUUCAGAGCUCGUGAUGCUUUUCUCUUUUUUCUUCCCGUUAGCUUUCUUCUGUUAUUGACCCGUUUGCUGCAGGACUGGCAGCAGCUAGUUAGAGUGUGCAUGCAGGAGAUGUUGAUGCUUUUUUUCCCUGCACGCUUAUUUCCAGUUUUGUCCUGUUGGAGUCUUCCAUCCCCGUUCCCGAAUCUGCUGCUGUGAUACAAACGAGGCUCCUAAGUGCUUACUUUUCCAGCUUUUCAAGUCGUAGGAGAUGAGAUUUGUUUUCUGCACGUCUCGUCUGUCUUGCUUAAAUUCUGGAUUAGUCUUUUAUUGAGGCUGCAGUACAUGACUCUUGGUGUUUCACCUUUUUUCUCACAGCUGCAGAGAAUUAAGGUGCAGCUUUAAAUCAGUCUGUCGUCUACAUUUCUGCCAUUUAAGAAAAAAUUUUUCAGUCUGUUUUAUUCUCACUGCACAUUGUUUAUCUAGAUGGUUUGAGGUGUGUGUGUGUGUGUGUGUGUGUAUGUGUGUGUUACAGCUGAGCUCUUUAUACCAGUUUCUUGCAUGAGGCAAUCGAAAGGUGAGUUUGGGACUGAAGAGUGCGUGGAUAUGAGCUGUUUGUUGUCCUGUUAUCAAAAGCACAUUAUCAAAGGAGUAUCUUUAAAUUCUUUAUAGCACAGCAGGUAAAAGCUGCAGAUUAGAUACAAAGAGUCAACUUAAGGUGAACUGAAUAAGAACAACACAACAGUUUUUAGCUGCCUUUGAAUUUAACCUGCUGCACGCUGACAAAGUGUUUAGAAAAGUGUUGUUCAUGUGAAUAAUUAUGUCAUUAUUAUUACUUUUUUUUUAAAUCACACUUAAAGCUGCAGUAAUUGGUCUGAUUUUAUGAGCCAGAAAACCAAAACAGUGAUUUGAAAUGGGCUAAAAAGCUCACACUGUGUCAUUUAACAACAGAGAUCCUGAUUAGUGCCGCUUUAAAUGUGUUUUCUACACAAUCAGGUCUCAGAGCACUGACCUGUUUUUGUUUUUUAAUAUCUGACCAACUACUGUUGUAAAAUCAGGUUUGGCUAUAAAUGCCGAGCAGGCGGCACAAGCUCUGAGGGCUUAGAAAAACCAAAUCCAGACAGGACUACUAGCCAACCAAAUCCACAUGAUUUAUGAGGAGGGAGAAAUUGCACAGUAAUUAUUAUAAUUUUGAGCCUGAACAACUCAAAAAAGUCUUUAGUGUUAUGAUUUAAAAAGACAAUCUUCAAGUGUUGCCUUCUGCUGGGUGAGGCCUUCCUUUGUCUGAGAAGCAGUUUGUUGAAUGUUAAGUAAAAUUAGAUGAUGUUUCAGAGAGCAGCGGGUCUAUUUAAAGCUCCAUAAUGACUGAUCACAGUGAUCAGAAUAUGAAUAUCCUACCGAUCACUGAAAAAAUGAUUGUUCCUGAUUGUUUCAGGUCUUCUGCUUAGAAGGAGCAAAUGUAAGACGAUCACUGUAUGCAAGAUACAUGCAACACAUGUGAAACUGUGUUAGUCCAUGCUGUACAGCCUUCCAGAUCAGAGUAAACCAUCACACUGUC